GGAGGAGCGUCACUGUGGGGAAGUGACGGCGCGUACGGGAGACGUGGAGCCGGUGACGUCAGACGUCGUGUUUUCCUGGACGUGAAUGCAGAUGAGCUGGAUGCCGGAAGCGGUGUCUGGACUGCGGCGCUGGAGCUGGUGCUCUCCCGGAGAUCCACAGCAGCACAUCCUGCCAAGAUGCCAAGUCCAAGAGUCACCAGAUCAGCCACCUCUGGGAGUCCUAAUCCCAAUGGAAGGUUUGAGUUCAUGUCCCUAAUGACUAACAAGACCAGUGUGUCAGACCCAACAACAACAAGGCUUCGCACCUCAGACAGUCCCGUUCACCGCAAGGACUCAAACUCCUCUGCAUCUCAACAGCUUCCAGAAGAAGACUGCAUGAAAUUAAACCCAUCUUUUCUUGGAAUUGCACUAAGAUCGUUAUUGGCUGUAGACUUAUGGUUGUCUAAAAAGAUGGGCGUCUGUGCAAGGGAUGGAUCUUCAUGGGGGAGCGCCCGUCCUAUGAUGAAGCUGGUGGAGAUCUCUGGCCAUGGCAUACCUUGGAUUGCUGGUACUUUGUAUUUCCUGUACAGAAGUGACAGCUCUGCCGUCCGGGAGGUCAUACUAAACCUGCUCUUUGCACUACUGUUGGACCUUGUUCUCGUGGGAAUCGUGAAAGGAAUAGUGAGACGUCGCAGACCCAUCCACAACCGCAUGGACAUGUUCGCGACGUUCUCUGUGGACAAGUACUCCUUCCCAUCAGGUCACGCUACGCGAGCGGCCAUGGUUUCUCGUUUCAUGCUGAAUCACCUGGUACUGGCUGUGCCCGUCAGGAUCCUUGUGAUGCUUUGGGCUAUUGUGGUUAGUUUGUCCAGAGUCAUGCUGGGUAGACACAAUGUGACCGAUGUGUUGUUCGGCUUUUUUAUGGGGCACAUGCAGUAUAGUUUGGUGGAAUACUUCUGGCUGUCGCCAAAUACGUUACCCGCCCUGUUCAAAAUAUGAAGUAUUGACUGAAAAAGUGGUCAUUUUGUUUUGAAGGCAUCAUCUUAGCCUUAUGAUUAGAUUGCCCGCCACAUCUCGAAGCUUUUUAUACAUGGACCUCCCAACUAUAUCUUCGAGGGGUCAGCUACAUGCAGAACCAAGGCAGAAAAAUUAAAAAAAUGACACUAGCCGAUAUAGGAACAGAUUAGUAAACAGCACUGGCUGUAAAACAAAAUCAUUGCACUUCAAAUUCAACAUUCCCGUCUUCUGCAGUGUUGGUCCUAGGACUGCUGAUGUCAUAUGGUAUUUUUUUUUCCUUCCUUCCAAAAAAAAAAAAAAUAUAUAGAUCGAGUGGUGAAAAAAGAAAAUUUUGGGGCUUUGUUCUACCUUUUCUUCAGAUGUUGUAUCUGAACAUUUUAUACUGUGAAAUUUCUUGUGUUUUGGAUACAUUUUUGUCAUAUAUAUAUAUUUUUUUCCCCCCCAGUGUAGACAUUAAAAGGUUAUCCCAUAAAAAAUCCUACACAGGAUAGGUGAUAACUGAUCGCUGGGAUCUGCAUGAUCCCUAAAAUCAAAGACCUGAGCCCCCUUAUUCUACUCACUGCACUAAUGCAAUUUAAUAGAGCGGUGUUUUCCAACCAGUGUGUCUCCAGCUGUUGCAAAACUACAACUCCCAGGAUGCCCUGGGAGUUGUAGUUUUGCAACUACUGGAGGCAUGCUAGUUGGGAAAUACUGCAAUAGUGUAUACUGCUGUUCCGUUCAACAUCUAUAGGGCUGGCAAAAAUAGCGGAGUGCUAUAGAUGGCGCCAUGUGUGCACGAUCUGCAUUUAUAUAACCACUUACGUUUUGAUAAAGGCUGUGUUCACACGCUGCUGCUAAUCAGCCGUACCGCAGCUAAUUACCGUAAACGUUUGUUGCCAUGGAUGACCGCAGGGGGCGUUUUAUCAUGAUUAUGCGAAUUACGAUAAUCGUGAGAAUUUUUGUACAGGUCGUUUGCGGCACAAAUGCAGGCGGUUAUUAGCUGUGGUACCGAUAAUUAGCCGCAGCAUGUGAACCCAGCCUGAGGGUAUAUUCACACUGUGCACACUGCUGAAUUUCCGCGGCAGAAAUUCCGAUUCCGGCAGCUGCAGAAAGAAUGGUCAUAUCUAUUCUUUUUUGAGGGUUCCGCUCUGAAAUGCAUUGCUUUCUAAGAGAAGUCGCAUGUAUGAGCGGUCCUAGAGCUCGCCGGAACUUUUAAAUAUGCAGAAUGUCCACCCACCCGUGUUUUCUGGGCGAACACUCCGCACACUUUUGGCCGUGAACCUGGCCUUAGGGAUCAAUUUAUUGUUAAGCUAAAAACCAAUGGGUUCCAUAGUAAAAUGAAACUGUUUCCUUUACACCAGCAUAACUUUGAAAUUUGCCAUGAUUUUGCCAGUCGGCCUUAACAGUAAUGUGCAUGAUAUGUUGUUGUUAUAAGAAAGAUGAAUAUAAAGACAGUUGGGACUAGUUACUAAUAUGCAAUUUUCUGUCGCUAAUAGCCGUCUUUUAAGUCAGAUCUGAAUAGUAGACCUUAUAGGGGCCAUAGAAGAAAGCUGUUUUCCAGGUUGGACAAACCUACUGCCAUGUUGUAACACUUCUAGGUUUGGGACAUACAUGCACAAAUGUAAGAUGGGAAAAUGCUUGCUAAAAAUUCACUACAACCUAUGUUUAAUCCCAGUUAAUGCUGAAAAGGGGUUUUCCAGGUUUGUUUUUAAAUGGGUUAGUGCCAUAAAGUUAUAUAGAUUUGUAUAUUAUAGCAAACCUUUUAGUACUAUCCAAAGGAUAGGUGAUAAGAUGUCUAAUCAUAGGGGUCCGGCCGCUGGGACCCCACAGCGAUCUCUCACCUCGUGUCCCGGUAUUCUGAAAAUGUAUGCUUUGGGAGUAGCGUCUUCGUCACACCCCCCACCCUUAAUGUCUAUGGGAGAUAUAUGGAGGGGGCAUGACGGUUGUGGUCGCUUGUAAUCCGGAUCUGAGUGGCGUUCUCUCCAUGCAUGCCGAUUACUGGGGUGCCGUGCUGGUGAUUGGAGAGGGAUCCCAGCGGCCAAUAAGAUGUCUAGGGGCAGAGGACUCUUUAAGAACUGUUGCAUGCCAUGAAGUAAUGUAGUCUUUCCAAUCCAACACGGCAUUCCCUGCUGCCCACAGUAAAAACAAGCCUUUCCUGCUCUGGACAGUUCCUGAUUCUUAAGUUUAGUUCACACAGGAAUUUCUGAGUGGAAUUUCAGCUUGGAAGUUCCGUUGCAGCAGAGUGCCAUUGUUUUCAAUGAAAUUUUUCUGCACCGUGCAUAUGACCGAAUUUCCACAGCAGAAAUGCAUUGCCAUCUAUUGAGGCGGCGCAUUUCCGAGCGGUCCUAGUGCUGCCAUAUUUUGCCUGCGGAUUCUCAGCUCAAAAAAUUUCUUGGCGGUCAUUCCAUAUAGGGAUCGACCGAUAUUGUAUUUUUUUUUUUUUUUUUUGGGCCGAUACCUAUACUGACAAUCUGGGACCUUUCAGGACCGAUAUGCCGGUAUAAGUUAUCGGCUAUUUCAGCCCCGUAGAAGCCGCUGCAGAUCAAUGAUUUAAAGUGGGCGCUUUAAAUCAAUGAACUGCAGCGCCUUUUGCUGGGCCAGAGACCGCCACUGCCACCCGCUUCUCCCCCCGGCGGCAUCCUGAGCUGUCACUGUGCGCACUGAUGGUGACAUUGUGUUGAGGACUUGUCACUCGUCAUUGCACAGCAAUAGCGCAGGACGUCGCAGGAGCCAGAAGUAGUGCGGACCCCGGGAACAGGCAAUUAUAAAACCGGGGAUGGGGGAGGCAAUGGGGCAGUGGCGGUGGUCUCGGGGCGGGGCAUUAUCGGCAAGGUAAUUGCCGAUACCGAUAAUGUCCAAAAUCAUGAAUAUCGGCCGAUAAUAUCGGCCAAACCGAUAAUCGGUCGAUCCCUAAUUCCAUAAAGUGAACCUAGCCUUAGAGUUGGCAGCAAGGAGCACAGUGUCUGAAUGGAAUUGAGAGAUCUCUCCUCAUACAUGCUACUGGGGCUGUAAAGUUAGUGUAGUUCAUAAUAUAGUGUACCUGUGUGUGACGGUUUUCUCACAAUUCUUCUGUGAUUUUCACCCCAAUAUUUAUUUUUACCAGCAUACUAAAUGACUGUCUCAGAUUUUUCCCAGGUUGCAAUGCGGGCGAGACCUGACUCACUAGUCAACUGAUGACAGGAAGCCUGUCUGCUUCAAUGGGUGGAGCGAUCACUUGGUGGGAGAGAGAUCAAUCUGCAACUAAUGCAACAGCUGUAGGCACCCUGAUUGAAAACCACAGGUCUUUUGAAUGGAUGCAGCUCAUUUAUGUUUCAAUGGGUGGGGUGGCUGAUGUGUGGGAGGGAGGAAAAUUGAAUUAUGGGAUUUGUAGGCAAAGAAGAAAACAAAAGCUAGCCACUGUGUUAUGGUAAUCUCACAACAUAGCCAUUUAGCCCCAAGACAAGCGCAGAUCCUUCCUAAGCAUGUCCAUUACUGUCUGCCAGGUACGUACUAAAAUCACCUUAUGGUGGAGAACCCCUUUAAGCUAAUGACAGGUUCUCUUUUAAAGUCAAUCUAUUGUCUAUUUUUUAUAUUAUAUUGAUUAGAACCAGACACUAAAACCUGUAUUAAAAAAAAAAAAAAAAAAGUUAAUUGGUUUUAUUUCUUUUGUGUACAUAAUUAUAUUGGUGUCCCCUUUCACUGUCAUUUUGUACAGAUCUUGCAGCCUCCUCCUUAUCACAGACAGAUCACAACGUGUCCACUUAGUUUUAUGUCUAGUUGCCCAAAUUUUUAAAGAUAAAAAAAAUGUAAGUAAAUGGAAAAUUAGAAAAAACCUCAUCAAAAAAGUGGUUUUCCCAGCCUCCUUUUGCAUAUUGUUGUAUUUUGACAUAUUGUGUCUGACUGUCCAUGUAUGUGUUCAUUUACACAGUGUGUGACUUUUUUAAAUCCUGAACUUUACCAAUGAUACCAAAGUAUUAAGUCAGAAACCAAGUUCAGUCGUGCUGUAGAGUUUUUCUAAAGGAAGUAAAUGUUUUGAAUGCUGUUUUCACGCUGCCGGUGUCGGUUAUGCCCCUCAUGACAUUACGGUCAUGCCCCUUCAAUGCGAGUCUAUGGGAGGGCAUGUGACGGUCAUCACGCCCUCUCCCAUAGACUUGCAUUGAGGGUGCAUGGGCGUAAUGUCAUGAGAGGCAAGGCCGACCCCGGUAGCGUGAAAAAAGCAUUCGAAACAUUUACUUCCGAACACUGGCCAGUGGAGUACCCCUUUUAAGUAGAAAGCCCUUUAUACCAGUUAGUUUCUUAACCCCUUAACGACGCAGGCUGUAAAUGGACGUCCUGGUGAACUGGUACAACGCACCAGGACGUACAUUUAGGUCCUAUGCAUAGCCGCGAACAUCGGAGCGAUGCACGCGUCAUGCACGGCAGGUCCCGUCUGCAGAUAGCAGCCGGGGACCCACCCGUAAUGGCGGAUAUCCGCGAUCGCGCGGAUGUCCGCCAUUAACCCCUCAGAUGCCGUGAUCAAUACAGAUCACGGCAUCUGCAGCAUUGCGGACACUAAAAUGGAUGAUCGGAUCGCCCGCAGCGCUGCCGUGGCGAUCCGAUCAUCCAGCAUGGCAGCCGGAGGUCCCCUCACCUGCCUCCGCUGCUUUCCACGGGUCUUCUGCUCUAGUCUGAGAUCAAGCAGACCAGAGCAGAAGAUCACCGAUAAUACUGAUCAGUGCUAUGUCCUAUGCACAGCACUGAACAGUAAUAGCGAUCGAAUGAUUGCUAUAAAUAGUCCCCUAUGGGGAUUAUCAAAGUGUAAAAAUAAAAGUAAAAAAAUGUGAAAAACCCCCACCCCAAUAAAAACGUAAAUUGUCCCAUUUUCCCUAUUUCACCCCCCAAAAAGUGUUAAAAAAAAAAUAAAUAAAAAUUUAUAUACAUAUUUGAUAUCGCUGCGUGCGUAAGUAUCCCAACUAUUAAAAUAAAAUGUUAAUGAUGCCGUUCAGGGAAUGGCCUGAACGUAAAAAAAAAUGAUGCGUUUUUAUAACAAUUUAUUCCCAAAAAAUGUAUAAAGUAUUACGUUUUAUAUAAGCAAAUGUGGUAUCAAUAAAAAGUACAGAUCACGGCGCAAAAAAUGAGUUCUCAUGCCGCUUAUGUGGAAAAAUGAAAAAGUUAUAGGUCGUCAUAAUAGGGGGAUUUUAAACGUACUAAUUUGGUUAAACAGUUUGCGAUUUUUAUUUUUUUAUUUUUUUUAAGCGCAACAGUAAUAGAAAAGUUAUCAUGGGUAUCAUUUUAAUCGUAUUGACCCAAAGAAUAAAAAACACAUGUCAUUUUUGCCGUAAAUUGUACGGCAUGAAAACAAAACUUUCUUAAAUUGGCAAAAUUGCGGUUUUCUUUUUCAUUUCCCCACACAUAAUAUUUUUUGGGUUGCGCCAUACAUUUUAUGGUAAAGUGAGUGAUGGCAUUACAACGGACAACUGAUCGCGCAAAAAAACAAGCACUCAUACUAGUCUGUGGAUGAAAAAAUAAGAGUUAUGAUUUUAUGAAGGCGAGGAGGAAAAAAUGAAAACGUAAAAAUAAAAUUGUCCUUAAGGCCCAAAUGGGCUGUGUCCUUAAGGGGUACUCCGGGGAACUUAUUAGACGCUGAUCCCCUAUCCACAGGAUAAGGAAUAGUUGCCUGAUUGCAGGGUAUCAGAAUGCUGGCUACCCUGCCAUCUCCUACACGGGGCUCGUCCUACCUACCCGUCUUUGCCAAGCUCCAGCCCCCACCUUUCUGGGCGUGGGCAGGGUUCACAUUUAUUAUGCAUUUUUUUUUUUAUGGAAAACCCUUUUUAUUUAUUUAUUUUUUGCGCAAUUUUGGUUAGUGGCCUCGAGGUUUCACUAUUUAUUUUUUAUUUUUUUUUUCUUGACUUUGAAUUUUGUCAUUUGUUCCCACACCCAACCUCCCACAUUAAGUUUUUUUUUAUAUAUUUUUUUCUCUCUCCAAGGGACAUAUUUGGUCAGGUCAGCAGCACUAUAGAAUGUACAGCGCAACUACUGAGACAACACAGACCUAGAAACUAAAAGCCUAAAUACAAAUGAAACAGCCUGGCACCUUUCCAUGUUUGUAUCCAUAUUGUGAUAGCAUUUUUUUUUUUUUUUUUUUUAUUCCUCUGCUGUCCAGAAAUCCUGUAACUGUUCUUUGGCUUCUGGACCGCACUACGUAAAAGGGAGGUAUAAACUGAAUUGCACACUUUCAUCCAGUGCAAUAUCGCUGCCUUUUAACAUUUUCCAUAAUUAAAUUUUCUGUUUGUUCGUUAUGUUUAGUUUUUAUUAGUCAAUGGUUAGAUGUAACAUGUUAUACAAUUUUAGAUCAUUCUAGUAAACUACUAAAGAAGCUACUUCCUGUUAGCCAUGAUUAGUCUGUAAAAAUAAGAGCGCUCCGUGGUGUAAUAAGAGAUACACAAUGUGCAUAAAUUAGCUGUGAAACCGCUCACCUAUAUGGGUUGUGUAGCUACAUAUACAACAAUAGUGAGCGUAUAAAAUGAUGGUGUCCGCAGCCAGUCCUGCUAAGCAAUGGUGUGUAGAAAGGAUGACUUCGGAAGGAAUGCGGCGCAGGACACAGACAGCGGAAAGGUAAUAAAAUCAGGUUUCAGGCAUGUGAUGAAGCUGCCUUUGCAGCGAAACACAUUGCAUCUUGGGAAAUAAACUACCCUUGGUUUUAUUACCUUUCUGCUGUCUGUCCUGUGCCACGUGGAGCCGGCGUUCCUUCCAAAGCUAUCCUUUCUACACAUGAUUAGUCUGUGGCCACCAACAACCUACCUUGUAUGAUGCUAGCCAGGAGAGGCUGAAAUGUUCCUUAGUGGCUUAUCGAUAUGGUGUAGUCUGGAAGGUAAGUAAAAAAAAGAAACCUAUUCCCUAACAGUCGGAAUGCUUCCAUCCAAAUCCGAUUGGGGACUCCUCUUAGAGCAUCUUAUCUCCCGCACUGUGCAUGGUGACCACCAACACGCCGGACCCUUCUUUUCCAUAACGUUGGCCAUUGGUUUUAUCCAUCUUCGCUGUAAUGUGUGUGGAUUCCCUUUUAUGCUAUGCUUGACCCUCUUGUUAGUUUAAAUGGGUCAAACCAAAUGAGUGAAGGAUCCCACCUCUAGAUUCAUAUGGUCUUCACAUAGCAAUCACUGCCAUUUUCUGCUUUGUCUUUUUUACCUUCUAUAGGUGCUGACCUUCUAAUGCAUACUGUUAUGAUAUAAAUCAUUGUUUAGUUCAGUUGAGUUUUGGAUUAUUUAGACCAGAUUAUCUGUACUUUAAAGGUACAUUCCUGAUGUUAACGCUGUCAUGUAAUAGGAUUGAAUAUGUCUUGUUAAGUCAAAGGCUGUAGAAAAAGCAGAAUACAAGAAUAGUUAUUGAAGGGAAUGUGUAAACCAGAAUCUUAAUACAUAAAUAACUUUUCUUCUAUGGUUAAAGGGAAUCUAUCAGCUCCAAAUCUUGUCAAGGAGGUUGUGCAGAGCCACAGCAUGCAUGACUACUCCCUAGACAAUUUAUCCCAUAUCCAAAGGAUAGAAGAUAACAUGUCUGACCACAGGGAGUCCCAGCAGCCAAACCCCCGCGAUUAGACAUGUUAUCCCCUAUAAUCUUGUCCGGCACUGUGGUGUUACGAACACUAAAGCCUGGGACUUCAUGCCACGGCCACUACAUUCAUGUCUAUGGGAAGGGGUGUGAUGGCUAGUUCACAGCAGUCGGGCCCCCUCCCAGAGUCAUGAAUGGAGGGGUGGGGCAUGACGUCACCAACACAGAAGCCCCAGGCUUCAGAGUUCGCAAUGCCGCAGCACCGGCCUGGAGAUUGCAUGGGGUCCCCCUACAAUCAGCCAUGUUAUCCCCUAUUAUUUGGAUAGGGGAGAACAAGUCUAGGGGUGGAGCACUCCUAACAAAAGCUGUUGCCUAAAUUACUCCUUCAGACAUAUUUUGGCACAUAAUAGGCUGUAAUUUUCUGGUCAUAACAAUUACUGUGUUUUGGGGCAUUUUUUUUUUUUUUCUUUUUAUGGCUCAAGAACUUUGUAUGAACGUAGCCGGAGUCUGCUGUAUGCAUUCAGGGCUCCUGUUAGAUUCCAGAGGGAAGGACCUGUAUCUGCCAUGUGCUGCUCUAAAAUAACAGAUCUGCUAUAAGUAUAUGGUAAUUUAACUUUUUAAAACAAACAGCCCAUUGUAUUUUUAUAAUUAUUAUUACUAGUAUUAUGUUUUUCAUCUUUCUGCAUUUGCUCCUCACUUGCACUGUUUAAUUUUCUUACUGAUCAUAUGAAUUAAAUUCAGGGGAAGUAUAUGUUGCUGUACCGGUGAAGUUAACUUCUUAAUAAUGUACUGUACUUUUUGAGUUUUUCUGUAUAAUGGUUAAAUUAUUCUCAUUAUUUAUUCUGAACACUGUAAAAAUUGUACUUGAAAAUGUUCUCUUCCUAUAUGUCCAGCCUGAAAUCCAACUUUUACGUAAUUGCCGACCCUUGAGAAAUCCAUAAAAUACAGUACCAAUGUAUUUAUUUCUAGACAGAUAUUUUUGAGGAUUAUUUAGACAUGCCUUUCUACCUGUUUUCUUAUUGUUAAUUUAGAUUUACUGUAAUGUUCAGUUGUAAUUUUUAUUUUUAAUAAAGGUGUGAUUGAUGGA